AUGAUUAACAGAAUCACUCGCAUUAUGACCGUUGUGAAAUCAAAAGAGGGAAAGCAGGAGAUAUAAAGAUCAGAACCCACACACCACAGAGGGAGUAAACUCUGCCGAGAAGCAAUGGCAGCCGACAUGCCUGCAGACAAGAAAACGAUGCCACCUCGGCCUGAUCUAUUGGAUUUCCAUGGAGUCUCAAUGACUCAUUAUUUCACAGACAACUGGGAGAAAAUUCAAAACUUCCAAGCCAGACCAGAUGAUAUCCUCAUUGCAACAUACCCAAAAGCAGGAACGACAUGGGUCUCCUACAUUCUUGAUCUCCUGUACUUUUCUCAGAAAAAGCCAGAUCGUCAGACAUCCAACCCUAUUUAUGAGAGAGUACCUUUCCUGGAGAUUAUGAUCCCAAACCAUCCUUCUGGAACCGAUCUGGCAGACAGUCUGGAUUCUUCUCCUCGUCUCAUCAAAACUCACCUCCCCAUCCAGAUGAUUCCCAAGUCCUUUUGGGAAAAGAAAUGCAGGGUAGUGUAUGUGGCCCGUAAUGCUAAAGACAAUGCAGUGUCUUUUUUUCACUUUGACCGCAUGACCUACGUCCAACCAGAGCCAGGAGACUGGAACAGCUUCCUACAGAGAUUCAUGGAUGGAAAGAUGGUAUUUGGAUCCUGGUAUGAUCAUGUGACUGGCUGGUGGGAGAGGAAACAGUCCCAUCCUAAAAUCCACUACAUGUUCUUUGAAGAUAUGGUUGAGGACACUGGACGAGAGAUAGACAAGUUGAGCUCAUUUCUCGGUUCAAAUUCGACAGCCGCAGCGAAGGAACAGAUCAGACAUCUAGUGCAGUUUGAUAACAUGAAGAAAAAUGACAUGGCCAACUACUCAUCAUUUGAAACAAUGGACUUUAAGAUCUCUCCCUUCAUGAGAAAAGGGAAGGUUGGCGACUGGAAAAACCACUUCACCGUAACCCAGAAUGAACAGUUUGAUGAAGACUAUAAGAAGAAGAUGAAGAAUACCACGCUGCAGUUCCGCACUGUAGUCUGAAGUCUGGCCAGUCUACUCUUGCAUCAUGAUUAAACCUGAGUGACAGAGGAGGAUAUGUAUGAUAUUUCUACAAGGACGAAGAUUUAAUGUGUCUUGUUGGCCUUUAUAUAUUCCUAAUCAUAAUCUUCAUUCACAGUAAGUGUAUUUGUCAAAAAUGAAAACAUCCGCCCUCAACAAUAAUAUUUGUCAUAUCAAAUGAAUAUAAAAAUAUGUGACAUUGUUUUUAAUUACAUACUGUGCUCUUUGUGUAUAAAAUAAUUAAUAUAAAUUAAAUUAUACUCAGAAUAAAGCAUACAGUAAUCUGUAACAAUGUCGGUGGCUACACUCCACCAAGGUGGCUUUUCUGAGCUCCUCCAACUAAAAGGACACAGGGCGGUGUUGUUGAAAGCUGGUUUAUGUACGGUUUGCAGAUAAUCAAAAAUGACACUGGUGCUCCAUGUUGUCAUGCAGGAGACCUUUCCUUGAGUGUCUAUGGAGAUGUCUGGUUUAACAUGUAUUCAGCCUUACCCAGCCUCAAAGUCAAAUCAGACUCAGUCCAGGAGAGUCCAACGUCUAUAUUUGUUAACAUUAUUGAUCCUGGUAUAUUAUUCAACCGGUAGGGAGGUAGAUGUCCUUUUCUCAAAGGCAGAAGAUAAUAUAAUGACCAUUAUUUUUGUUAAACCUACAUUGUGAUACAUCUUUACCAUACUGAUAAGCUCUGUCUAAACAAUGUUGAAGUAGAAAGUUUCCAAGAACAAAUCAUCCAUCAACAAGUUCCUUCAUGUUUUUUUUUUCUGUAUAUAUAAAUCGAUUUUGGGUUACAGCUUCAAAGAUAAACGACAUGGACUGGAUACCUUUUCCCCUCUCACCCUCAUCUUUCCCCGCAAACUUACGCACUAGAUUUUGUUCAACCCUUUUAAAAUACUCUUAUACUUCACCCGUACACUUUAAAAUAUAAGCUGCUCUGAACACUUUAUAUACAGUAUACCCAUACACAUGAAAUAAAGUAAAUUUUGCAAUUUG